CAAAUCCAGAUCAUAUUAGUGUUACCAUUAUAAUUACGACUCGCGUCUUUAGGGUUUUGAACAUUGAUUCAAUCGCAAUUUCAGUCUCCUUGACGAAUCUUAUAGUUUUGGUUUCUUUUGAUUCUUUUCUUUUUUGAAUCUUUGUGGACGCUUGUUACAUCCUUGAUCAUGAUUAACUGUUCAUGGAUUUUUGUUUGGCUCUUCGUUGUGUUGGUGCCAUUCUCAAAACGGGCUUGGUUCAAGAACUUGGUUGCCUUACUUUACAAAACCUUCUCUAGAAAGGAGAAGAAGCUGACGUUUUUGUCGCUUCCUGAUGAAAUCAUCUUGAACUGUUUAGCCCGCAUAUCGAGAUCACACUACCCGAAACUCUCCCUAGUCUCCAAGACCUUUCGCUCCCUUCUCAUGUCCCAUAAGCUCAACGUGGAGCGAUUUCACCUUAAAACCACUGAAACUUUUUUUCAUGUCUGCUUAAAGCUUCCUGAUAGACCUAGUCCCUCCAUGUUCACCCUUUGGAUAAAACCUGGUCAAAUCCUAAUGAACCAACUCGAGAAGAAGGAGAGGUCUACCGGAGAUACUCGGUUGGUACAAAUACCUUCGUCAUAUUAUAAUAAAGUACCACUUUAUGUCAUUACUGUUGGUUCCGAAUUGUACGGACUCAGCCAACGCAAUGAUCCGUCCUCCAACAUGUUGGUGCGUAAUAAGGAGUUUUUGUUUUGCCGUAAUUCUCCCAACAUGAUUGUAGCUCGAGCUAAAGCCCGUGCAGUCGUCUUCUAUGGGAAAAUAUAUGUGAUGGGAGGUUGCGCGGCUAAUGAAUCCGCGAAUUGGGGUGAGGUUUUUGACCCAAAGACUCAAAUUUGGGAAGCUUUACCUGACCCUGGCCCGGAGCUCCGCUUUUCUUCAAUUAGAGGAAUAGAGGUGAUCGAAGGAAAGCUUUACAUUAGAAGCAACGAGGAAAAAGACUCUGUUUAUGAUCCAAAAGAAGGUAAAUGGGAUGUUGCAAAAAAAUCACACCUGCAAUGUAUGAUAGGUAAUGUAUGGUGUUAUUGUGAUAAACAAAGCUGCUGGUGGUAUGACAAAAAUAGUAAAGAAUGGAGAGUGGUCAAAGGUUUAGUUAUAUUGAACAGGAAUUUAGGUUGUGAAAUGAUUGAAAUAGCUAACUAUGGUGGUAAACUCUUAAUCUUAUGGGACAAGAUUGGUCCUUCUCAAGAAAAAGAUAUUUGGUGUGCGGUGAUUGCGCUUGAAAAACGUGAUGGUAUUGAUGAAGUUUGGGGAAAAAUUGAGUGGGCUAGUAUUGUGCUUACGGUUCCGUGCUCAUACGUUUUCUUGUAUAGUCUACUAAACAGGUGGUGAUUAAAUCUAAUCAUGUUUUUGUUUGUCAAAGGCUCUUUUUUUUUCUU